ACCCAAGAUUGGUUUUCCUUGGAGUGAAAUAAGAAACAUCUCGUUUAACGACAAAAAAUUUGUCAUAAAGCCAAUUGACAAAAAGGCCCCUGAUUUCGUUUUUUAUGCACCCCGUCUGAGAAUUAACAAGCGAAUUUUGGCACUGUGUAUGGGAAAUCAUGAAUUGUACAUGAGGAGGAGGAAACCUGAUACAAUUGAAGUGCAGCAGAUGAAGGCCCAAGCUAGAGAAGAGAAACAUCAGAAACAAUUGGAAAGGGCACAAUUAGAAAAUGAGAAGAAGAAAAGGGAGAUAGCAGAAAAGGAAAAGGAGAGAAUAGAACGUGAAAAGGAAGAAUUAAUGGAACGCUUAAGGCAAAUCGAGGAACAGACAAUGAAAGCUCAGAAAGAGCUGGAGGAACAGACGAGAAGAGCUCUAGAACUGGAUCAGGAACGAAAGCGUGCAAAAGAGGAAGCAGAGCGCCUGGAGAGAGACCGUCGAGCAGCUGAAGAAGCUAAAGCUGCUCUCGCCAAGCAGGCAGCUGAUCAAAUGAAGAACCAGGAGCAGCUAGCAGCAGAACUUGCUGAAUUCACUGCCAAGAUAGCACUUCUAGAGGAGGCCAAGAAAAAGAAAGAAGAGGAAGCCUCAGAGUGGCAGCACAAAGCUUUUGCAGCCCAAGAGGACUUGGAAAAGACCAAAGAAGAGCUGAAAUCUGUGAUGUCUGCUCCUCCUCCACCUCCUCCCCCACCAGUUAUUCCUCCAACAGAGAACGAACACGACGAACACGAUGAGAACAACGCUGAAGCCAGUGCAGAACUGUCAUCUGAUGGGGUCAUGAAUCACAGGAGUGAGGAAGAACGGGUAACAGAAACACAGAAAAAUGAACGUGUUAAGAAACAACUCCAGGCUUUAAGUUCUGAGUUGGCUCAAGCCAGAGAUGAAACCAAGAAAACACAAAAUGAUGUCCUUCAUGCUGAGAAUGUUAAAGCAGGCCGUGAUAAGUACAAGACUCUUCGACAAAUCCGACAAGGCAAUACAAAGCAGCGUAUUGAUGAGUUUGAAGCAAUGUUACAAAAGUACGAUCUCUUGCAGCCCUUAGGAUAGGAGCAAGGUAAAGAUCAGCAGAAGACGUGGGCUCUGCCAUUGCACUUGUGUCAAUCUGGACAGUUUACAGCGCUUUAAAUUAGGUGCUGCCUGGUCCAUGAAGAGCUUUCUGGAAGGGCCAGGAAGUGCUGUUGCGACACUUCGUUAAUGUUUGGCUCUCUCAUGGUCUCUCUAAGUCUCUCCUUUAUUGUCUUUUCCCAGGAGAAAAUUAGCUUUUUGAAGUAUUUAAGCUGUUGUUCUUCCCAGAAAAACAGGAAAUAAUACAAAUAUGUAAAUCUUUAACAUGUAAUGGGACGUGUUAGAGUGAAUGGUGAUGCGACCCUUAAAAGUGCUUGGGAAUCUUGUAGGCUUUGCCCAC